GUGUUCGAUUUGUUCAUUCCCGACUCCCGUAGUGGCCUUUUCCACCACCACUUGAGCACAUUCCUACAUUAUCUGAAGGGAAAACUUUAGAGGAGGCAACCAAGUGCAGGCUAGAAAAAACUCACCUUUGGAACUGCGCAAUGGAAAGACUCCAGGUUCUGAGGGGAACAUUCUGCAGUUUGGAUGCCUUCCAAAAGCAACUCCUAAUAGGCUCAGCAGUGGCAGCUGGGGGCAUACUGGCAUACAUGGUGCAGAAGAGAAGACAAGUCAAAAGUAUCCCCCUUGGUGAAGGAUGGUGGGGAGCAGGAGAGAAGCCACUGUCAGAGGAUGAUCAAAUAUAUCCCUUCAAAGUGCAAACCUCAGAUGAAGAGAUAGAGGACCUUCAUGAGCGCAUUGACAGAACCCGCUAUGCUGAUCCUUUGGAAGAUAGCUGCUUCCAGUAUGGAUUCAACUCCACACAUCUCAAGAAAGUGGUUUCCUAUUGGAGACACACAUUUGAUUGGAAAAAGCAGGUGGAGGUGCUUAACAAGUAUCCACACUUCAAAACCAAAAUAGAAGGAUUGGAUGUGCACUUCAUUCACGUGCGACCACCACACCGUGACAACCAGAAGGUUCUGCCUCUUAUGCUCGUUCACGGCUGGCCUGGCUCCUUCUAUGAGUUCUACAGAAUUCUGCCACUUCUCACAGAGAACCAGGAUGGUGUUGUGUUUGAGGUCAUCUGCCCAUCUAUCCCUGGCUACGCUUUCUCAGAAGCCUCCCACAAACAAGGAUUUAACAGUCUCGCUGCUGCCCGCAUUUUCCUGACACUGAUGGAGCGUUUAGGAUUCUCCCAGUUCUAUCUGCAGGGUGGAGACUGGGGCUCUCUCAUCACCACCAACAUGUCACAGAUGAAACCGCAAUGCGUGAAAGGUCUGCACUUAAACAUGUGUAUGUCAAACAAAGGGUUCAAAGUGAUGCUUUCCCUCAUUAUUGGACCUUAUCUGCCCUUCCUGGUGGGCUUGAGUCGGGAAGAUGUUCGCCGGUUGUUCCCUUUCUUUGAGAAGAAUGUCUGGGAAAUCCUAAAGGAAAGCGGCUACCUUCACAUCCAGGCCACUAAACCAGACACUGCAGGCUGUGGAGCCAAUGACUCUCCUGUAGGCUUGGCGGCCUACAUCCUGGAGAAGUUCUCCACCUGGACUGAUAAUAGGAACAGAGAUCUCGAGGAUGGUGGGCUGGAGAGGAAAUUCAGCCUGGAUGACCUCCUGACAAACGUGAUGAUCUACUGGACCACAGGCUCCAUCGUCUCCUCCAUGCGCUUCUACAAAGAGAACUUCAAGGGAAAUCCAGACAACAGAGUGGAUGCAAAGACAGGAAUAUUUGUACCCACUGGACUUGCCGCCUUCCCCAACGAGCUGUUGCACUGCCCAAAGUCUUGGGCACAGAUUAGGUAUCGAAACAUCCAGUCGUACAAUUACAUGCCACGAGGCGGUCACUUUGCUGCCUUUGAGGAGCCUCAGCUGCUAGCCAACGACUUUGUCCAGUUUGUGAAAAAAGUGGAGAAGUUCUGACCGUGUUAAUGCACUUACACACCAACGUAAUUAUGGUACAUCGGUUCAUUAUUAAUUCUGUUAUUCGAUUUUGUUUACUCAUUCCAAAUGAGAUAUGAAUGCACUUAAUUUUUACUAAGAUUAUUUCCACACUACAAUGCACCUCAUUGCUUGAUUGUGUUAAGAAAUGUCAGCAUUGUUUAAAUCGUUUUCACAUUUUAAUAAAAUGUAAACACAUACACAGAUGAUACUGUCACUUGAAUAUAUCUAAAGAUAAGAUUAAAGCGAUUCAAA